GGGAGAGAAGCCCAAGGCCCCAAACUCUCUCAGGCCAAAAAUCGCCACUCACUCCAGAAUCUGCAGAUCAUAUUUUGAACAGUAGAAACUUGUAGAAAUCUGAGAGAUAAAACCCUAGAAAAAAUCAAUCAGGUGAAAAUGCCUCAGGUGAGGAUCAUAGCCAAGAACUUCAUGGACAUGGUGGCCGCCUUGCCCGCCAUGAAGCUCGAUAAGCUCUACGACAACGCCUUCAUCUGCGAAGCCAUUCUCAGGUCAUUGCCGCCAUUGGCGAAGAAAUAUGUGCUGCAAAUGCUGUGUGUCGAGCUUCCGGUCAGCUCCAAGUCAAUGGAGGAGUGGGUGCUGCCGGAUGGGGCCUCCAAGCAUCGAGUGGCGGUUGAUCGGUUGGUUCAGUUGAGAAUUUUCACCGAGACCAGGAAGAAGGGGGAUGUUACGUAUACGUUGAAUCCGAUAUUUCAGACUAAUCUCAAGAAGCUUCUGGUGUAUGGUGUAGUUUUGCCAAGAGAACCAAUGCCUCCUGGUGUUGCUGUGAGGCUCCCGAGCUCGGAGGAGCUUGAGGAUUUUGCCCUAGAACAGUGGGAGUGUUUCUUGCUGCAACUUAUCAACUCAUCUCAAACUGAUAGGCCAUCAAACAUCAGUUCGUCUAUGAUGAAAACUUUCCAGCGGGGUCUUCUGACUCAAAGAGACAGAGAAGCUCCCAGGUUAACUGAGAGUGGUUUUCAGUUCUUGCUAAUGGAUACAAAUGCCCAAAUGUGGUACAUCAUCAGAGAAUACAUCACUAGCUCGGAGGAGCGUGGGAUAGAUUCAGCCGAUUUGAUUGCUUUCCUGCUAGAGCUAAGUUUUCAUGUUACAGGCGAGGCAUAUAACAUAAAUACAUUGACUGAGCUUCAGAAGAAUACGAUCAAGGACUUCACAGAUUUGGGAUUGGUCAAACUUCAGCAGGGUAGAAAGGAGAGUUGGUUUAUACCUACUAAACUAGCAACCAAUCUUUCGGUGAGCUUGACAGAUGCAUCAUCGAGGAAACAGGGUUUUGUGGUUGUGGAAACAAACUUUAGGCUGUAUGCGUACUCCUCUUCUAAAUUGCAUUGUGAAAUUUUGCGUCUCUUUGCAAGGGUUGAAUAUCAACUUCCAAACCUUAUAGUUGGAGCAAUAACAAAAGAAAGUUUGUAUCGUGCUUUUGACAAUUGCAUCACCGCGGAACAGAUAAUUUCUUUUCUUCGGCAAAAUGCACAUCCACGUGUUGCGGAAAGAGUACCGUCUGUACCUGAGAAUGUCACAGAUCAGAUUAGGCUCUGGGAAACUGAUCUAAACAGAGUUGAGAUGACCCCUGCAUAUUAUUACGAUGAAUUUCCAUCUAGGGAUCUCUAUGAUGGUGCUGUUGACUAUGCGAGAAGCUAUGAUGGUUUGUUAUGGGAGGCUCCAGAUGAUUCGAAAAAGAUGCGCUUGGUGGUCAGGGCUGAAAACCAUGCGCACAUGCGAGAAUAUCUUUCCGGUCAAAAGUAGUAGGCCUGGUGAAACUAAAUUUGUACAACUUGACAUGACGAGCUCCUGGUAGACCGUGUGCAACAGAAGUGCAGCAAAACAUUGAUCGAUUCAGAACCUGAAGUUGUUCUUGUGAUAGCUGAAGUGACUUGCAUAAGUCGCACUUUGUGCAAUACUAUAAAUAGCAGUGUUAUUUGUAAAAAAGCAAUGGGUAGCUUGAAGCAUGGGGCUUUACGAUGCAUGCUAAUUUAGUUAUUGAUCGAUGUAUUUGUGACUGAAAUAUGGAACAAAGUUCCUUAUUGUAAGAUGUUGAAAUGACAGUUGCCGAAGCGAUAAUUGAUUUAA